CUGUCACCCUCAGUUCUCCCUCAGAUCCCCCCCAGUGUUAUCCUCCUCUGAAGAGUUUUAUCUGAACUUCCCUGACAGCCGCUCAGAGAGCCCAGACAGACAGCAGAGAUGGCCGGAGUGACGGGACCCAAGCGACAGGACACCCGGAAAUUUUUCGAGAAUCUUUCUGGCGCCGGAAAAUCCAUCGCAGUCCUGACCAGCGGUGGAGAUGCUCAAGGUAUGAAUGGAGCUGUCCGGGCCGUAGUCCGAAUGGGAAUUUAUGUGGGAGCCAAAGUCUACUUUAUUCAUGAGGGGUACCAGGGGAUGGUAGACGGUGGAGACUACAUCAAGGAAGCGACAUGGGAAAGUGUCUCCAGUGUUCUGCAAGUGGGUGGCACCGUCAUUGGAAGUGCGCGUUGUAAAGAGUUUCGGACCCAUGAGGGACGCUUAAAAGCAGCUCAUAAUCUCGUUCAGCGUGGAAUCACUUAUCUAUGUGUGAUCGGCGGAGAUGGCAGCUUGACCGGAGCCAACCUGUUUAGAGAAGAGUGGAGUGGCCUUUUGAAUGAACUGAUUGAGCAAGGGCUAAUAGAUGAAGAGGCAGCCAAAAGUAAUUCUGAGCUUCACAUUGUCGGGAUGGUGGGAUCUAUCGACAAUGACUUUUGUGGUACAGACAUGACUAUUGGCACUGACUCGGCCUUGCAUAGGAUCAUUGAGGUGGUGGAUGCCAUCAUGACUACAGCUCAGAGUCACCAGAGGACAUUUGUGCUGGAAGUUAUGGGCAGACACUGCGGAUAUCUUGCCUUAGUCAGUGCCCUUGCAUGUGGAGCAGAUUGGGUUUUUAUUCCAGAGAUGCCUCCAGAAGAUGGCUGGGAGGAAAACAUGUGUCAAAAACUUUCUGAGAGUCGAUCUCGGGGUUCCAGGUUGAACAUUAUAAUAGUUGCUGAAGGAGCCAUUGACAGACAAGGACAACACAUUACCUCUGAUUUAGUGAAGCAUCUGGUAGUGAGCCAGCUUGGUUUUGACACCAGGGUCACUAUCUUGGGCCAUGUUCAGAGAGGGGGAACUCCAUCUGCCUUUGACAGGAUUUUGGCUAGCCGUAUGGGCGUUGAGGCAGUUUUGGCAUUGCUGGAGGCGUCUACAGACACCCCUGCUUGUGUUGUGUCACUAGUUGGGAACCAGGCUGUUCGACUGCCACUUAUGGAGUGUGUUCAGAUGACUCAAGAGGUACAGAAAGCCAUGGAUGAGAAGAAAUUUGAUGAGGCAGUGAGACUCCGUGGGAGGAGCUUUGAACAUAAUCUGACCACCUACAGACUGCUUUCUUCUCAGACUGCCCGCACGGAUCUCCCAAAUAGCACCUUUAACGUGGCGGUGAUGAACGUCGGUGCUCCGGCUGCUGGUAUGAAUGCUGCGGUGCGUUCUGCCGUGAGAGUGGGGAUUACAGAAGGCCACAAAAUGUUUGCUGUCAACGAUGGCUUUGAGGGAUUCUACAAGGGACAAAUCAAGGAGAUCAAAUGGGGUGAUGUUGGUGGUUGGACUGGCCAAGGAGGGUCUCUGCUGGGGACAAAAAGGACUCUUCCAGCAGAGCAUUUGGAUAAAAUUGCAGAGCAGAUGAGGAUCCAUAGCAUUAAUGCUUUACUUGUUAUAGGAGGAUUUGAGGCAUACGUUGGAUUACUGGAACUCUCAUCUGCACGGGACAAAUACGCGGAGUUCUGCGUGCCGAUGGUUAUGAUCCCAGCCACAGUCUCCAAUAACAUACCGGGAUCAGAUCUCAGCAUUGGCUCAGACACAGCUUUGAAUGCCAUUACUGAUACAUGCGAUCGCAUCAAGCAAUCUGCCAGCGGCACCAAGCGACGGGUCUUCAUCAUAGAGACAAUGGGGGGCUACUGUGGCUAUUUGGCCACAGUGGGUGGUCUGGCUGCAGGUGCAGACACCGUCUACAUCUACGAGGAGCCGUUUGACAUCCGUGACCUCCAGGCCAACGUCGAGCAUCUGACACAGAAAAUGAAGACCAGCAUCCAGAGAGGUUUGGUGCUGCGUAACGAGAACUGCAACGAAAACUUCACCACUGACUUCAUCUACCAGCUGUACUCUGAGGAAGGUCGAGGCGUGUUCGACUGCAGGAAGAACAUCCUGGGUCACAUGCAGCAGGGCGGAGCUCCAUCUCCUUUCGACAGGAAUUUCGGCACCAAGGUGGCAGCUAAAGCCAUUCAGUGGAUCACACGAACCCUUAAGGAGUCAUACAAAGAAGGGCGAGUCUACACCAACUCAGAGGACACUGCCUGCCUGCUGGGGAUGCGUCGCAGAGCAAUGGUCUUUCAACCCGUGGCACAGCUCAGGGAAGAGACGGACUUUGUUCAUCGCAUCCCUAAAGAGCAGUGGUGGCUGAAGCUCCGUCCUCUGAUGAAAAUCCUGGCCAAGUACAAGACGAGUUAUGACGUGUCCGACGCCGGCCAGCUGGAACACGUGACCCGGGUGCGUCCCAAAGAGAAGGAGACCCCGGCUGCAAUCUGAACCGCUACCGGAGGAAAGCUUUACUCUCACAGGAAACCGGCUUCACAUUUCAGUGGCAGCUGCUCACACAUUGAUUGAUUGACUGCAAAUCCAUUAGGAAAGAUUUAAAAGGAUAGAGAUUAAAUUUAAUAAAGGAUUUAUUGUACGAGUACGGCACUUUGCAGAAGGAAUAUUCUAUUUUUUAGAUUAAAGAGGGUCACUUGAGAAGAGCUUUAUUUAUUUUACGCAAUAUAACAUUGUGUUUAGAUAUUCAAAGUUAUUAUAUAAUAUAUGCACUACUCAAAUGUACUGUAUUUAGGUUUUAGUGCCCAAAAUGUAGCCAUGUCUACCGUAAUUAUUUCCCGAGACGUCUAUCAUUUGUAAACACAUCUCAGCUGAGGAUGAAAAUCUGUAAUUAAAUUCGGCUUUUUUUGUUUUUCAUAUCUACAUCCGCACUUUGAGCUGCAUAGCUAAUGUUAUCACCCUAAAGCUGCUUUAAAAAGGGAAUCAAUGUCUGGGGGAUCAUGCGCACCCUCCAAGAAUGUGUCCACGCGCUGGCUCUAAAACACUGUAACCCAGAUGGCUUGAGUGAGCAGGUCAAACGCUACCUGUACAUGUAUUUCGUGUUGUUGCCUUAUCUACUUGUAUCCAUCCUGGGCUUUCUGUGUGCACCUUAUAGUGAUUAUUUAUGACAGGCUCCUGCUGUAGCAAAGCGAUGUAUCUGGAGAACGUGUGGAAAAGCACAGUGAGUGUUAACUUGAUGUGUGUCCUGUUAAAGAGUUAAUAAAGCAUUUGUGUGAAAAUGCUG